AUGCCAUCAACCAAUGAGCAUUAUACGACACACAAUCAGGCACUCCUCACCAGCACCACCAGUUUAACUCAUGUGGCAACAGUACAAACUUGCAGUCCGAACCAGAUCAACAAGAUCCCUGGGACACCACACCUGACCACCUCAAGCAGCCAUCUGGUGGUCGAAAGUAUCCAGACUGGCAGACCAACAACCCCGGACUCGGACUCACCAGCAGACCGAUGGGAAGUCGACACACCCCCACUGGCUGAACAUCAUCACCUCACACCCACACCCCAGUUGCAACUUGGGACAGAGGACGAUGUCAUGAGGUAUGCCAAUGAAAGCCCUGUAGCAGAGAAAGGAGACCAGACACAUAGGACUGUCUACAACAUGUUUGAGGCAAUGCACGACCUAACUGACAGAUUUAAUGGCAUUAGACUCGCAGGCUUGUGGGAGAACUUCCUGGAUGAGUACACGCUAUGGUAUAGUAAGCUACCAAGGCUGGCAACCCUGGAUACCUUCCCCACCCCUUCACAUGACAGUGAACUGGAAGAACAACUGAAAACAGUCGAAUCUAACAUAAGCCACCUGACUGAAGCUAAUGCAUAUUUGGCAGAUAGACUACUAACUACAGAGACACCCACCAUGGCUGCCCAGCCACCCUCCCCCAUAACUGUGACACAUGCGACCUGA